ACUGGCAAGGAGACGGGUAUUCUAGUCAGGGCGACCGGAGACCCCACGCCUCCAUUUUCCCUCACGUCCAGCACCCACACUUGCAGCCACACAGCCUCGACCAGGGCGGUCACAGCGUGCACGACCAGGUUCACAGUGGUUCUCAGAUCACGAAUCUGUCCCAAGUUCCCAUCGGGCUCCACAGCGGACACCCCCAGCUCUCUGAAGUCAGUCCAACCCACGAUUCCCGCAGCAUGGCCAGCAUGACCUACCCGCCUUCGUCCCAUAGCCACGCACACGUUCAUGGACACAACCACGCCCUGACACACGGCCACUCGCCAAAGUCCAGCCCAUACAGCGUCAACGGACUGUCCCUGUCCACGCCCAAUGUGGACUUGCUACAUCCAGCCAUGAGCUACCAGAAUGAUAUGUUCUCAAACCCGCGAAAGCAGCGGCGGGAAAGAACGACCUUCACCCGAUCGCAGCUGGACAUUUUAGAGAACUUGUUUUCCAAAACUCGCUACCCGGAUAUCUUCAUGCGCGAGGAGGUGGCGCUGAAGAUCAACCUUCCCGAGUCACGUGUUCAGGUUUGGUUCAAAAACCGACGAGCGAAGUGCCGACAGCAAGCCAAAGCUGCCGACCAGAAAAAGACAACAACCACUAACACCGCCACCGCCAAUAACAACAGCAGCCACAACAACAACAACAACAACAGCAACAGUAAUGGCAGCAGCGGUCCAAACAGCGGACACGCCAGCUCACCGCCUCCCAAAAAAGAAAUGAAAGCAUCCCCUCCUCCGUCUUCAGUAUCCCCGGUUGAUUACAAGCCAACAGUCUCGUCUCCGAUGCUCCACCCGUCAAGCAGCCUGCUAGCAGUCAAUCAGCAACGGCGGGACAGCAGUGACGUCUGGAACCCGGCCAACCCCAUGUUUCAGCCAAUGCCAGAUUUGAGCAGCUGCAUGCAACGACCCCAUUACGCCCUUCAUAACGGACAAGCCCAGUACACGCAACAGAACUACACCGGAUAUCACCAUUAUGGCGCCAACAUGGAGUCGCCAUAUUCUCUACCCAGCAUGCAGAUUCCGGUCAUGUCCAGUUCCCACCAGAUGGGCAGUGUGCCCACCCAGCAGACGUAUCAAAUGUCUGGAUAUGGAACCUUGCCCUCCGCCAACACGCUUCCUCGCCCCAGUGCUCAGUCUCACGGGGACUGCGGGGAUUAUAAGGACUAUGUACGCUUAUUCUGA